AUGGUACUUCUGAAAGCGGUCCUCUCAGCUAUGCCCUCCUAUACCAUGACAUGCUUCAAGCUUCCCAAAUCCCUUUGCAAACAAAUUCAAUCGAUUCUCACUCGAUUCUGGUGGGAUCUCAAACCAAACAUUCGGAAAAUGUGUUGGGUUGCUUGGGAUAACCUCACACUCCCAAAGAACGCAGGAGGUCUUGGGGUUAGGGAAAUAGAGGUCUUUAACGAUGCCUUGCUGGCAAAGAUACCUUGGCGCCUUCUCCGCAACCCAAACUCUCUCCUCGGCCAAGUUCUUCUAAAUAAAUACUGCAAAUAUGAGAACCUGCUUGAGUGCUUAGCACCAGGAAAUGCCUCUCAUGGGUGGAGAGGAAUCCUCGCGGGCAGAGAAAUCAUUAAGAGAGGAGUGGGAUGGAUCGUUGGUGAUGGUCGAAAUAUAAAGGUAUGGGAAGAUAACUGGCUGUCCACCACAGAGCAACGCUGCCCAAUGGGACCAGCUCCAGAAAACCUCCAGGGUCUAAGAGUCUCGGACCUGAUCUCUCCACUUUCUGCUGAGUGGAACUCCCGUUAG